AUGUCUUCAAUCCGAUCUAUUUAUUUGCUCUCCACAAAUCCACUCAAAUUGCCAGAAUAUGUUCGUAAUUUUGAUCGAUAUGGUGUUAGGGUAGUCAUUCGUGAUCCGAAGGAUUUUGAUACUGAUCAGAAAAAGUUGGAGUUUUUACAACAAAAUACAUCUGCUAUUUGUUUUAUUUGUGAUCAGAUGGAUUUGUUCAAGAAGGGAACAAGUGAAAGGGCUAAAUUGGAACAUUUGGAAUUGGUAGAAAGUAGUACAGAGUUGACAGUUUGGCAAUUGAAUAAGGAAAAGGAUGCUCUUGUCAAGAAGGUUUUCAAGAAUGUUCAGUAUGGAUUUAUUGAUUUAUCAAGAAAGAAGCCAAACUUGUUGAGAAAGACUGUAUUUGGUUGGGAUGAUGUAUUUGUUAAUUUAUACUCUGGUAAGAGUAAUUUGGAUCAAAUUGAAUCAGGUGGCUCGAAGAUUUCCUCUCGUGAUAUGGCUAUUUCAGAAUAUAUCAAGGAAAGAUUCUACUAUUCCAAGAGAAAGGAUUUGAAUUUUACUCCACAAAAUAUUACUGAGAGAACUAUUGAUUUUAGAAAGAGUGUCUUGACAUAUUUUGAAGGACAUAAUUUGUACAAUAAUGAGUCAACUAGAAAGUACAAGAUUACCAAUGUUUGGAAAACUGUUGUCAAUGAUGGUUUGGUAUUCAAGUCUUCAAAGAAUAGAAGAGAAAAUAAUUACUUUUCAACUCUUCUUAAUCCAGCACUUCCACUCGUUUCAAAGAGGGAUCCAAUUCAUGAAACUACAUUCCAAAUGCAUGACUGUGGACAUUUUUGCAUUCUUGAAUUGAUUUAUACUGGUUAUGAAUCUACUGAAUUGCAAAAGCUUGUAUAUAUUGCUUUCAGAAUGAUUAGUGAGGCAGUUACCAUGAUGAUGGCAGACGUUUUAUUUAUUCAUGCAUUGAAAAUGCAAGGUAUUGAAUUUGUACCAUUCUUUGUUGAAGAUUACAAGUGGAAUGCAAACAAUUAUCAAAAUAUGGAAACUAGAAAGGAGGAGAUUAAAAAGUGGUGGGACAGUGUUGAACAUGUUCGCCACUAUACUCCAGAAAUCAGAUUCCUUACCAUUGAUGAGUUUAUUGCACACAUGGAAAAUUACACUCCAUCUGAGCUCACUUCUCUUCACACUGAUGAAAUUGUAGAUAUUGUAUUUGAAACUGUGUGGCAAGAAAUGGUCAAGCCAGUAUUUGAAAAGGAUACAAUUGAAGUUUUACCAGAAGAGCGUAGAAAUUUCAAUACUUUUGUUCGUUACAUGUGUGGUCAAUUGGCAAUCUUUUCUGCCUUUGAAACUCCAGAAUCAUCCAUCUAUCGCGAUGGUAUUCUCAAGUUUAUUAAGGAAAAGGCCAAGACCAAAACAAUGACAAUUGAUGAAAUUGAGAAUGCAGAGACUUUCUUUGGAGCCUAUGUUGAUUUGUUGGCCCAAAAGAAUAUGAUUACCUAUGAUGAUGCUUCCACCUAUAAGGAAAUUUAUCCAAUGUUUGAACCUUGCUACGUUUUCUAUGAUGAAAACAAAUCCUACUAUGAUUCUCUUUCGAAUGUCUACAAGAGACUCUUCAAGAUUCCACACAGAAUUAUUAUUAUGGGUUUACCAGGUUGCGGAAAGGGCACUCAAUCCAAGUUGAUUGCUGAAAAGUAUGGACUCGUUCAUAUUUCAACAGGUGAUUUGGUUAGAGAAGUUAUCUCUAAACAAACAGAGCUUGGUAAAAAGUGUGAAGCCAUCAUUAACACUGGUGGUUUGUUGCCUGAUGAGUUGAUUAAUCCAAUUUUCUUGGAUAGAAUCCUCAAAGAAGAUUGCAAGACUAAGGGUUGGAUUCUUGAUGGAUAUCCAAGAACUACUUCAAAUCUCGAAUUUGUCAGAGCCAAUCGUCUUAAUGUGACAGGUGUCAUUUUCCUCACUUUGGACGAUGAUACAGCCAUAGAGAGACAGUGUGGUCGUAUUACUGACCCAUUGACUGGAGCAAUCUAUCACAGCAAGUUCUUACCUCCUACUGAAGAAAUCAGAGAACGGUUGGUUAAGCGUGCAACUGAUAAUGAAGAAAAGGCCAAGAUUAGAGUUAAGGUUUAUCAUGACGAAAUGGAUCAAGCAUUUGAUUGGUUCCCAGAAGAAAUCUCUCACAAGAUUGAUGCCACUCCUUCUCCAGAGGAAGUAUUUGAGGCAAUUAAAAAGCUCUUGUAAUCUGAAUUUUAUUAACAUAAUACAAUAAUUCUACAAUCAAUAAUUUAAUU